GAGGACAGACAGUGACUUCGUCUGAUCCUGGCGAGGUGUUGAUGGACUGAAUCACCUAUUUCUUUACAAGCGCAUAAUUACUAUCGGUCCAUCGGCAUAGAUCGCCAUUCUCCCAGCAUGCCUUUCGGGCCUCUCGGUACUCAGCAGCCGACCAGCCUGAUCUUGUGGCUUCUGGCAUUCCUUGCGAUGGCAACCCUCAGCCAGAACGCCAAGAAGGAAGACUACUACGACCUGACUGACUACCUCUUUGACGGUUACAAGAAAGAAGUGCGGCCCGUCCUCGACGACUCCAGUACUAUACAAAUCUACGUCUCGUUUUCCCUGUUUCAAAUAGUAGAAAUGAACGAACAAGAUCAGACGAUGAAGACAAUCGCCCGCCUUAAGAUCGAAUGGCUGGACGACUACCUGGGGUGGGAUGAGCCUGACUACGGCAACAUCACCAGCGUCAUGUACAAACAAAGCGCCAUCUGGCUGCCGGACAUCGUGGUGGGCAACACGGUGACCACCCAGACACAGCUGGGCUACCAGGAUCUCCAGGUUCACAUUGACAGCUAUGGGUGGAUUGUCUGGCAGCCUACAGGAGUGUUUUUAACAUCGUGUGACAUAGACGUGACGUAUUACCCGUUUGAUACUCAGGUGUGCUCCAUCGUCUUCACCUCUGCUCUGUCAACAAGUAGUGAGCUGGCCAUCUCUAUCUACAACGAAACCCCCAUCGACAUGAAGACCUUCUCCCCCGAUGGUAUCUGGGACGUCCUCAACUGGUCAGCAAGCAACCACGACGAAGAGGACGGCAAAGCCAAGAUCUCCUAUAGUUUGCAGCUGAAGCGACGACCCGAGUUCUACAUCCUCAACAUCAUUCUACCCGUCUUUUUCUUGGCGAUGACGUCACCUUUGGUCUUCGCACUUCCUGCGCAAUCAGGCGAGAAGAUGAGUCUGUCCAUCACCGUGCUGCUGGCCUUCGCUGUCUACCUGACCCUCGUCACGGACUCCAUGCCCAAGACUUCUGUACAGGUGUCCAUGCUGAUGGUGUACGUGGUUCAGCUGAUGGCACUGACAGCAUUCAGUGUCAUCCUGUCAGUGCCACUCAUGAGGCUCCACCACAGACCCUCCAACAAACCUCUGGGAAGGAGGGCGUCGAAUGCAAUAAUAUUUUUCCGGAAGCUGAUGUGCCUGGCAGACGAUGAGCGACGAUUAGUUAAUGUCAAGCCGUCUGCUGACAACGAUAACACCGUCUCCAUCAUCGGCGAGAACAAGAAGCAGCAGGUCAAGGCCAACGCUGUCGUCCCUUAUGACAACGACGAAAAAGCAGACGACCCCUGCUCAGACUGCGCAUGCCCGCCCAGGUCACCAGAGGUCAGUCACAUCAGCGGCGAGCUGGCGGCGGAAACGUUGAACACUUUCCUCUUCUACCUCUUCUUCCUGUACAGCAUCGUCAUCACCAUCGCCUUAGGUAUUAUUCUCAUCACAGGUGGCGCGAGGCAAGAGGAGAGCACUCGCCUAAGCUGAUGAUUAAAUAUGACGAAGACAACGAACAAAGAAAUUAUUUUACAGAUUUUAUUGAAUGUGGCUUCAAGGAGGGACUGUAUGGGAAAUGUAUAUCAAAUGUGUUCCUUCGAGAAAUUGCAAAGCAAGACACUAAAUAAUAGUAGAUAACAAACAUGUACACUAUUAUUGACUGUGAAACAUUAAAUUUUUACAGAUUGAUUUAGAAUAAUUUUUAUCACUAUGUGUGUAAAAUUGUUAUCAGCACAUUUAGAAUAGCACUUCUUUUGAAUGCUUAUGAUUGAGAAUAUAUUUCAGUAAUUUUAUGUCAUUCAAGACACAUUAGCUAAAUCUUUAAUUUUAAUUUUUCAUCCAAACAUUUCUAUUCUUAACUGUGAUACAAAUGUUAGUUUCUUGAGGACAAUAUAUCAAACCUGUUCUUUUGACAGAUGUAAUAAUCAUACCGUUCUGUACUAAUAAUCUUUUUCUUUUGGUAGAUGUAACAGUUGUAUCCUUCUGUGCUAAUAGUCUGUGUCCCUUGUUUAGACAUUUUGAUGACAAACUGCUGAAUAAAUUGAGCUUUUCUCAAAACUCGUAUUGUUUUAAUUUUAAUUUAAUAAAAGUCAGUAGGGGUUGUAUAACGAAUAAGGAAGAUGAGAACAACAUACAGAACUUAGUAAAGAAAAACUAGGGAACACUGAUAUAACUUUAUGAAUAUAUGAAUAUAUAUGAAUAUAUUUUAAACAUAUAUAACUUGGUAAACACAGCGAUGACUUUGGAAAGACAUAAAUAAUGAACAUCUGUUGUAAAAAUACGAAGAAUGGACACGUGUUGGCUAAAACGGUAAUAAUUCAUCGGGAAAACAGGAAAUACAAGACAAACACACGCUAAAUCCUAAACCAAAACUAAGACUAAGUAAAAAUAUCGUCUGCUAGGUGUUUAAUCAGUAUAGAAACUUCGUUAUUUAAAAAGAAAGCUUGGGAGGAACUUUUCUGAGACAGUUAUUCAGGUUCACCUGGGAUUCGAGAGCAAAGCAUCAAGGUAUUGUCAGGUAAACCGUGUGUUCUCCUCCUGCCUGGCCCCACCAACAACCAGAAUGAUAAUAAAGACAAUGGUUUUGAUGACGAGGAAGAGAAGAGAAAAGUAGAACAACAAGGUGCUCAGUGUUUCCGCCGACUGCUGACCACUGACGUCACUGACCUGCGCUGACCUUUGACUGCUGAGGGCAGACCCACAGCGACUGUCGUCUGCUUCUUGGUUGUUGUCGUAAGGGACGACAGCUGUGGUCUUGUUCUUGUGUUUCCUGUGUAUGUCGAUGGUUGAAACAGCUUCGUCAUCUUGAGAAGACCUUUUGAUUUCAGUUAUUACAGGAAGUCGUUGAUCUUGACUACACAUCA